CGGAGCGCUUGUCCCGUUUAGCAUCCGGGUUUCCUAUCCGGAGAGAUAGUUCGCUGGAGCGCCGAUUUUUAAGCGUAGAAACUCCUAAUUUCAUACUCUAUGUGGUAAAAAUAGUAUAUUUGGGUUAAAUGAUGAAACCAGAGGGAAAAGGCCGUAAAAAGUCGUUCGUUUGGGACCAUUUUCGAGUCUCCGAAAUCGACCCCCGGAAGGCGAUUUGCAACAGCUGCGGUGCUGAGAUGGUUCGAGGUCGUGAUGCGAGAUCCUUCGGGACAUCAUCUCUUGCUAAUCACAUAAAAUAUUGCAAAAAAAUACCACAGACCGAAAUCACGGCACCACAGAAACGAAAAUCUGGUCCGAAUAUUUGUGUGUUGCUUGACAAUUCAACCGGAAGUCAGGAUGAUGAAAGAUCUUUGGUUAAAAUUAGAAGGACGAUGUCAAAAUAUGAAGAGCCUCAGCCGUCACAAGAUCUGAGCGACAUAAUUACUCUUCCCAAAAUAUCUGAGAUCUAUAUUUCUCCUGAUGCCAAUGAUGAGAGAUACCAGGUUGCCACUGACAGUGUGUGCUCAAAACGGAUGGAUUUGGUUCACUCAGGAAUGUUGAUGCAUGUACUGUAUCAACAACAUAGAUCCGGAAAACUAUGCGACCUUACUCUGAUAUCUUCAUCUCAAGUAACCGCAACGUCUGAUUCAACAAAGAAAAGGCGACAAAAAACAUUCAAGGCACACUCCUUUGUUCUUGCUGGUUUAUCUGAAAAAAUCAAAGAUUUAGUCGAGAUGGGAUCAAGAACUAUAGAACUGAAGGAUGUGACGGCGUUUGGUUUGGAAACUUUACUACAGAUUGUUUAUACCGGGAAACUGAGGAAAUCUACGCCAUUAACUUUUUACGAAGCUCAUCAAAUCUGGAAAUCUGCUUCUGAUCUCGGGAUCAAAUAUGUUCACGAAUACUUGGCCACUGAACAUCCACAGGUAACAAAAUGGAUAAUUGAGGACUCGAUGGUACCUGAACCAAUGAAAGCUUUCACUAUGCAGGACUUAACAGAGACCCAUGAGACGGAAGAUCUGGUUGACUUACAUGCUGGACAUCAAGAACACGAGUACAUUGAAAUGGUGGAAGGAGAAGCGCCAGUUAAAACUUUUGAAGAUUUUAUCGAAGAGCACAAUCAACAACAACAACAAUUUGAGACAGAACAAAUCAAACAGCAACAACAACAAAUUGAGGUGCAAGAACAACAUCAAGAAGAGGAGCUCCAGAUCAGUGAACCUAUCGAAGAAACCAAAACAGAGGAUCCGCUUGUGGAAAUCACUUUCGAAAAAUCAUAACUAAGGGUGUUUGGGCGUGAGGAGAGACUAAUGAUAGAGGAGGGGAAACUCCCUAAUCCUGAAGGCAAAAUUUCCGUAACUUUAAAGCCAGGAGUACUUUUGAAAAGAAUCUGAGCUUCGAGUUUAGCCUUACGGUGGGGGAGAGAUACCUAAAGAGACAUACCCUAAUCAGGACCUAAUAAAAAUCUUAUGUUUCCCUGUGGACUCUGAAUUAUGGGGUAGUGUGAUGUUUUUUCCCACAAAGAACUUUGAAAUGAUGGUUGCUGUACAAUUCAGUUAGGGGGGGAUUUUCUCAUUUCUAUAGGGGAGCAAUACCCAUUUACCCCAACCAGUACCAGAAAAAAUCUUAUGUUACCCACGGGGACUCAGAAUUAUGGGGCAGUUUGAUGUUCCUCUAAAAUACUUAAAAGACAAUUGCUGAACUGUACAAUUCAGUAGGAGAGGACUCCUUAUUUAUAUAAGAAAUCUUUUAUCCUUCACCAGUACCAGUAGAUAUCUGUACUUUUUAUCACUUAUUGAGUAUUUUUCUAAGCGACAGCUGUUCCAUAUUUCCAAUACAGCAAGCUAGAGAUAGAUCAGGGGAUCUCAAGCCUUUGGUGUCAAGUUGACUAUUAUUCACGGAUCCCUGCUAUAAAUUUAUAAAAAUAAAAACAUAUAAUACAUUGUUAUUCUAUGAAUAAUGUUUUUGGGUAAUUUACACAUAAAAGUCAUUUCUAGUUCGAAGCUACCGUUGUCAAAUUUUACAAAUGUCGUUAUUGCUUCUUCAGACAUUUACAAAAUUAGCCAAGUCAGUAUUUUAAUAAGUAAAUGAAUAGCUUGUGAAGCCCCUAUGCUCCAUAUGGAGAACUUCAGGAAUCUAUGGCAGAGUUUCCCAAACUUUAUUGGCCGCGAGCCAAAAUUAGAAUCAAAAGGGUGUUUGCGGGCCGGAAGAGUGUAGUGCCCGAAAGUGUGCAACGGUUUAGCUGGGGUUCUGUGGAUUCACAUUUGACAUUUUUUUAAACAUGUUUGUUUGAUUCAUAAUGGCGCUUUAUGUCGUAUUGUUUUAUAACUUGAAUAGUUCGUCAGCAAAGUAGACAAAUCGCUGAAGUGUGAUUCUUUUCAAUACAGAAAUACGAACGAUGCCAUUUAUCAGAGUAACAUCUGUUUUCAGAGUCUUGUAUAUUAUUUGACAUCUCUAACCUUUCUUAAACGGCUGAUAACUAACUUUCUGCCCUAUGUAAUCCUAAUACGGUACGUAUAAUUGAGAUACCGGCAUAAUCGAAUUGUCACCAUGAACACGAGCUUAAACUGUGAUAUUGACAUAACAAUUGGCGGUUUCUAGAUUGUAAAAAGGUAGAAACAAAAUCUAUUUCAUUGUUUCACUUAAGCUCGGCGGGCCAUUUUAAAUCGUUACGCGGGCCGGAGAUGGCCCGCGGGCCGCGGUUUGGGAACCCCUGAUCUAUGGGAUAGACGUAUUUUCAUUUGAUAUAUUCCAAGAGGGAAUAAGCGAUUAGAGUCCCACACCUAGAUAAGUAUAAUAAGACUCUCUUCAUUCCAAGGUUUUUAUUAUUGUAAUAUAUAUUCAAAGUAAAAUGUGUUUCAAUUUUAUUAAAGUCAGUUAAAAAGGUUAUUUGUAAGAAGGGCUGGGAAGGUGAAGAAUAAAUAUGUACACCCGGCACCAAAUAUAUGGAAACUCCUUGAGGUCGGGGUAAAUUUGACUUAGCGUGGUUAUUUGGACUAUCUUCAUGAAAAGCCGAAUUUGGAUGAAACUUGGGCAUGAGAAAGCUUUCAUUUUGUGCGCUUUGUAUACUUGCUGCCUUUGGAUGGGUCAUUUUUUGACCAGGAGUUUAGUUUGGUUGCAAUAAAAGUCAAAAAAGACGCCACUGAUUAAGCUAAAAUUGGCUAUCAGGUCGUGGUUGAAAAUUUUGAAUCAAAAUGAUGGUAAUGAAGAAUAUAAACUAAUUUGUAAGUGCUAAUUCGUGGAAACACUUUCCAAACGAAAAAUUAACAUUUUGAAAAUGACGAGAAAAGAGGAAAAAAUGCUUUUGAGGUCAAGGGUGGGUCGACUUCAUUCUGGCGGGCUUACUGACCAAUACCGCCCUCUAGAGGUGAAAUGUUGAGCCACUUAAAUCAGUCUUUUGUACCAGGUUUGAAAAAUCGGAGUUUUCGAAUAUUUUGUGUGCGGCAAGUUGCUAGAAAUACAACCACACCACUGUCCCGUUACAUGUUGUAGAAGUCGAUUUAUCAAAACAUAAUGAGGGUUUUCGUCUUGCUUGAUCAAUACACUUUUUCGCUGGCCGCAGGUUGCAUACGCGUCAUUUACAACAGGGCUACUUAACUGGCGGUCCGAAUCCGGACCUUUCGACCUUUAAAAUUUGAACCGGUCGCUUGUUUAUUUUGGCAGCAUAAGCAUCGUUUGGUAGUUUUAGAUGAUUUUAUA